AUGGAGGAACGGUUGAUGAAGAAGUUCCACUUCUUCGACAAGGGGGCGAGACCAACCCCAUUAUGUCAGCGAGGCAGCCAGCGGCGGCCUCAAUCCCCUGCAAACUCUGCGAUUAGUGCCCCUGGAUUCUGGAAGCCACCGCCGCUGGGCUGCCGCCAGAGUGGGACCGCCCCUGUCAUCGCAAUUCGGAAAUCCCCUGGCGGCACAUCAGCUUUCCACUCUGUUCUAGAAGGCAAGCAGGCGGCUUCGUCACACACUCGAACAACUUACGCAUAUUUCGUACGCACGCAAAGGAAAACGCCCACAUUGACCGGCCUGCUUUCUCAACGACCUCGUCCACGACACUGCAACGAGUCCGAGUCGUCCGCCCAUACGAAUACGCCUUCGAAGCAUUGCUACCCCAGCAUGCUCGACAGUCGCCCAUAG